AUGGGAGAAGCGGCUGAUGUGGGGCAGCCUCCUCUGGCGCUCUCUUCACCACAGCACGUCAGCAGAGCGCGUACAGAGCAUGGCGCAGAGCAGGCCAGUCUCCGCAGCGCUCAGCAGCCUUCAAACUUCCCUUUCCCCGUGACGUACCCCGUGUCCGUGUCCAGCAGCUGCCUGUGGAAAACCCCCACUAUCGAGAAGAGGAACCCCCUGUUUUGCGGAGAAGAGCCCCUGAUUGGAGUGGCACACAGAUGGAGAAGCCGGCGUUGCAGACACAGCCGUCCACGCUGCCGUUCUUUGACACAGCUCAUGCCUUUAACCUCCUGCGGGGAAUCCAUGAGCUCCGCGCUGAGAGGAAGUUCUUCGAUGUCACUCUUUGCGCUGAAAGCCGAGAGCGCUAUGGACCGAGUGGUUCUACACGAGGUGUCGGCAGAACUGCUGGAACUGCUGGUGGACUUCUGCUACACAGGGCGAGUCACAGUCACUCAGGACAAUGUGGAUCUACUGCUGAAGACGGCAGACCUGUUUCAGUUCCCCUCAGUCAAAGAGGCGUGCUGUGCCUUCCUGGAGCAGAGACUGGACGUGUCUAACUGUCUCGAGAUACAGGACUUUGCUGAGGCGUAUGACUGCAGACAGCUGGCCUCUGGCGCGCGCAGGUUUGUCCUGAAGAACAUCAUGGAGCUGGCCAAAGGUAAAGACUUUGAGCGGCUGUCGUGGAAGCGCCUGCUGGAGUUUGUGACGGACGAUGAGCUUUGUGUGGACAAAGAGGAGACUGUGUACCAGAUCGCAGCGCGCUGGGUCAAGGCGGAUCUCCAGCGCCGCCUGCACUAUUGGUCUGAGCUCCUACAGCAGGUGCGGCUGCCCUUUGUGCGCAGGUUUUUCCUCUUAGCACAUGUGGAGAGCGACCCCCUGGUUUACCUGUCGCCCACCUGUCUGCGGCUGGUUAACGAGGCUCGCAGCUUCCAGUCGUCUGAGUACGACCGCCACGACCGGCCCUGCCAGCGCAUGCGCCCGCGGCCCUCCACCGGCCUGGCCGAGAUCCUGGUCGUGAUCGGAGGCUGUGACCAGGACUGCGACGAGCUGGUGACUGUGGACUGUUACAACCCUCAGACGGGACAGUGGAGGUACCUCGCUGAGUUCCCCGACCACCUGGGGGGAGGCUACAGCAUCACUGCCCUGGGCAGCGACAUCUAUGUCACAGGCGGUUCUGAUGGCUCACGGCUGUACGAUGGCGUGUGGCGGUACAAGUCGAGUGUGAACGAGUGGACCGAGGUCUCUCCGAUGCUGAAGCCGCGCGAGUACCACAGCUCGUGUGUUCUGAAGGGACAGCUGUACGUGGUGGCCUCGGAGACUACAGAGCGAUAUGACCACAGCCUGGACUGCUGGGAGUCACUGCCCCCCAUGCUGCUGCCCAUGGACAACUGCACCACCACCACCUGCAGGGGGCGCCUGUUUGCCAUCGGCUGCCUGGCAGGAGAGGACACCAUGUCGAUGCAAGGUUAUGAUCCAGAGACCAACCGCUGGACUUUGGUGAACUGUGGUCAGCUGCCGCCUUGGUCCUUCACCCCCAAAACAGUCACAUUGAACGGACUCAUCUACUUUGUCAGAGACGAUUCAGCUGAAGUGGACGUGUACAACCCUCAGAAGAACCAGUGGGACAAGAUCAGCCCAAUGACACAGGUGCACGUUGGCGGUAGCGUGGCGGUCCUGGGCGGUAAGCUGUUUGUCUCUGGAGGUUACGACAACACGUUUGAACUGUCCGAUGUGGUGGAGGCCUACGACCCCGGGACGCGCUCCUGGACGGUGGCCGGUCGACUGCCCCAGCGCACAUUCUGGCACGGCAGCGUCAGCAUCUUCCGACAGUUCAUGCCGCAAGUUUCCAAUGUGUUCGAGCCGCUGGGAGCCCCCGAUUCCAACGCCAUCCAGCUGCACCGCCACCAUCGGCAACAAGUGCUCCAGAACAAUCUGAACAAUCUGAACCAGGACGUGGACGCGCCGCUCUGA